UGGCUGUGUCCCAGCCACUGUGGGAAGGGUGGCAAGAUCACCCCUUCUGUGUCAUUGUGUGAGGAAAAUGAGUUCUCAAGGAGAAAAAUCUGAACCCUUCAAACAAUCUCUUAAGAAGCCACAGUUACCAGAAGGUCAUUUUGAUGCACUAGAAGAUUCUAAUUUAGAGAAAGUACCAUUGCCAAAAUUUCCAGAUUAUGUUAAUCCUGUUACCAAAGAAAAAGGUGGACCCAGAGGCCCAGAACCUACUCAAUAUGGAGAUUGGAAAUGAAAAGGACAUGUAUUGAUUUUUAAGCCACACAUUAUU